UAAUGGUGGGGCUACAUUAGCGGGCGAAGAUUCGUGUCGUGUUGGCGCGAAAAACAUCGUGUAUCGGGCAUACACGAUGUUCUUGUCUACAUUUAGCGGCGAAGAUUCAUAUAACGGACUGCGACGAUUAUUCGUUUGUGUGUUGUUUAGCCGUGCGGACGAAAAUAUGGAGGAAGCAGUAGCGUUGCAUUAUAUGUCAGUAAAUUAUUAUUAUUUAUUACACUUGUACGGGUAUCAGGUACAAAGUAAUAUGAAUAAGAGAAGAAGGAGGAGAUGGUGGAUGACUACUAUUCAUAGAAACCGAACGAUGUAAGUGUGCAGCACAAUUUUUACAACACGUCACGCUAAAAUAAUACUUGAUAUAAUGUUUCUAUUUUGCCUUUUUCUGCAUUAGACCUUAAGUGGUGUGAGUAUAUAAUAAUAAUUUUUACAUUUUUUUCUUAUUUACAGAACAGGAAUGGAACGUUUGUUAUCUGAGCUAACCGCAGAGUCCGGUAUAGAAUUCCCUGGAUUUUUACGUAUGUCGACAUCUGACUUUGAAAUACUACUACAAAAGCUCGCACCACUAAUCACCAAAAAAGAUACAAAAUUCAGAAAAGCAAUUCCUGCAAAAGUGCGAUUGGCAAUAACACUACGUUAUCUGGCGACAGGAGAUGAUUUUCGAAGCCUUCAUUAUCUUUUCAAAAUAUCUCAUCAACUCAUUUCCAAAAUAGUACAUGAAGUGUGUGCAAGUAUUUUGAUCGUUUUGAAAGACGAAGUUAUGAUGCCUUCAAACGAAGAAGAAUGGCUACAAAAAGAAACUGAGUUCCAUGAUAUCUUUCCACAUUGUAUUGGAAGCAUUGAUGGAAAACACGUGCAAAUUUUAUCACCCAUUCACAGUGGAACUGAAUUUUAUAAUUAUAAACAUACAUUUAGCAUUGUCCUCAUGGCUUUGGUAGAUAAGAAAUAUCGGUUUCUGUAUGCAGAUGUUGGUUGCCAAGGGCGAAUUAGUGAUGGUGGAGUGUUUAGAAAUACCGCAUUAUUCGAAAGAUUAGAAAGAAAUGCUCUAAAGAUACCAGCUCCUUCGGUGCUUCCCGGUACUGAUUUCAUCAUGCCGUUUGUAUUUGUAGCGGACAACGCGUUCCCGUUACAAACACACAUCAUGAAGCCAUACCCUGGAGAUCAUCCAGAAGGCAGUAUUAAAAGAAAAUUUAACACGCAACUGUCAAAAGCCCGUAUAGUUGUAGAAAAUGUGUUUGGAAUUAUGUCUGCGGUAUUCCGCGUACUUAGGAAGCCGAUUGCACUCCAACCAGAUCGCGCCUCUAAUGUUGUAAUGUCUUGUAUAUUACUACACAACUUCUUAAGAAACAGUUCAUCUUCAAAUAAUAUAUAUAUACCACCAGGUUUUGCGGACACUAUUACAAAUGGACAAGUAGUUCCAGGUACAUGGGGAAAUGAGCAACAAGAAGAAACUGCGUUGCGCCCUUUUCCAGCGGUAGCUAGACGGAGCGGUCUUUUACCUACACAGAUCAGGGACCAGUUCGCUCAAUAUUUUUUCAGUCAAUAAAAAUAGUCUAAGCAACAAAAAAAGCAAAACUCCCAUUUUCUUUGUUUUUACAUUGUUUAUAACUUUUGCACUUUUUAUCAGUGCCUUUUCGAAUUUUUUCUUAAACUUUCUACAUAUUUUUCCGAAUCAAAUGACACCUUCAUCGUAAUUUUCGGAGACUAUACUCAGAUUUCACCCAAAAAGCUACAUGUUGCUUAGACUAAAAGUAUGUUUUUAUUUUUGUGAAGUCACACUGUGGAAUGUGAAUAAAUAUAAGAUAUAAUAAAUAGGCGUGUUUCAUUAUUUACCUGUGUAUCGAUAGUCCGGCGACAAUCAUAUAUUGGCUGAAGAAAACUGUUCAUAGCCGAAAAGCCGAACCAAUUUGUUUGAUAUAUGUCGUCGGUGCCAGCGCCUGACCUCAUUGAUUUCUUUAUUUUAUUGAGAUGAGCUCUGUAGUACGACAUCAAAGAAUCUUUUUUCCUCUUCAUUUCUUCUAUUGUGGUAGGCCAACUGAGCCUAUUUUGAAUUCUCGUCCACGCAUCAUGUACCAAAUGCUUCUUUUUGUGGUCUGGGUUACUAGGAUUCCAUAUAAUAUUUUCUGUUUCAUAAAACUGAAUGAACUCCAACACUUUUUCGUUAUUCCACUCCAUCGUACAGUGUACAAAACACCUAGGCCAAAUAUAGUUUAUCUCUGCAAAACAUACGCACGUCCGUCUCGCUUCAAAGUCUGGACGACCCUGAAGUAACGCAGGUGUAGCCAGACAUGCGAAUAUUGUCGCGAUAAGUCCCUUUGAUGCGUGCUAGUUUACCGACAGCGACCCGAUGUUACGUCGUCUUCGCCCGAAUACACCGCGUUGUAA